AGUUAAAAAUUAGAAACCAAGCCGGCAAUGACGUGGAGUAUUUGGAAGCAAUGGAACCAUCGUCAACCACAACACCACCUACACCUCAUCCCCAUCGCCACUGUAACGGAUAUACUUUCACCCAUACACCACUUGUACAUCCCGCAUCAAUACUUGUACAAUGUUUACUCAAACAACCCCAAUUUCCUGCAAUUUCCCUUCACUCCAAUCCCAAAACCCUAAACUCAAACCCCCCUAUUUAAACCCCUCCAAUUUCACUCCUUCGUUGCAAUUCAACAAUGCAACAAGUCAAUUGACCAAAAGGGUUUGCUUUCAAAUCUGUUGGAAUUCGUUGGAUACGAAGAAAUCACAAGAUUCUAAUUUGGAACAAGAAAGUAGUAUCGAAAUUGACGGUGAGAUGGGUGGUGGUGGUGGCGGUGGCGGCGGGACGACGUCGUUUUUGAUAUUUUUGCUGUGGGGUGGACUCUUGUAUUAUGUUUUUAACCUCGCCCCUAACCAAACUCCGUCAACGGACAUGUAUCUUCUGAAAAAGCUUUGUUACUUAAUUGGGGACGAUGGGUUCCAACCGAAUCCAGUGAUUGUAUCUCUUUGGAACAUUAUGGGAUUAUGGCCAAUAGUGUACAGCAUGCUGCUGAUUCCAUCCGGCAGAAGCUCAAAAGGGAACGUGCCCGUCUUCCCGUUCCUCUUACUGUCAUUCUUCUUGGGCGCGUACGCUCUCAUACCGUAUUUUGUUCUUUGGAGACCACCCCCGCCGGUUACCGAAGAAUCCGAGCUGAAAAAAUGGCCUCUAAACUUUCUUGAGUCAAAAUUGACAGCUGGGGUAAUUUUUGCUGUAGGAUUAGGUCUAGUUGUUAAUGCGGGUUUAGCCACCGGGGACAAUUGGAAGGAGUAUCUCCAGUACUUUGGAGGGAGUAGACUCAUACAUGUUACUAGCAUCGAUUUCACACUGCUAUCUACGUUCGCUCCUUUUUGGGUUUAUAAUGACAUGACUAUUCGAAAAUGGACCGAUAAGGGGUUUUGGCUUGUUCCAUUCUCGGUGGUUCCAUUUGUGGGUCCUGCUUUAUAUGUACUCUUGAGGCCAUCAUUGUCAUCGGUUGCUGUUGCAUCAAAGCAGGAGUAAUGCAUUUGUGUUUGAACCAGAAUGGAAACGCGCACAUGGUUUUGAAAGAAUGUAAAAAGAGGUAACAGCGCAAUUCUGUUAUAGUUAUAAUAAAAGUGUUUCGGUAGAGAAGGUUAAUGUAGCAUAUGAAUAAUGUAAUAAGUUAUAUUCUUGAAUGUAUCAAACAACCAAGUAUAUCUAGAUUAUUACAACUUUAAAGAGCAAAGCUUUUCCCAUAACAAAGGCAGGUUUAACA